GAGACCCGCACGCUGCUGCUGACCGCGAGCACCUACACGCCGGCUGACGAGCGACCCAGGCCGGGCAACAGGAGCGGGAGACGCCGCCACAGAUUCACCUCCGGCGGAGGACAAGGCGGACUAAAUUAACGCGUGAAGAGCUGGCCCUGGAUAGAGAGAUCGGCAAAAGGACAAGCGUGGCGUCCCGCAGCCUGCUGUCCCAUUCGUCAUCCUCUCCUCUCUUCCUCUACUUAGCCAAGCUUCCACUUCGCCAAACUCCAGGCUUCCAUCUCUCCUCUCUUCUUCCUCCUCCUCCUCCUCCUCCUCCUCUGCAGCUGGCAAAGUUUUCAUCCAUUUUAGUUUUCUCUCCCUUUCUGUCCCUCUCUCUCUUCCUUUGCUUUUGACUGUGAGCGUGUCAUGGCCUCUAAACUGAACCCCAACGUCCUGUACGUGGCGGAGCACGGCGAGUCCCUGGGGUCACCCCAAGCCGACUCUGAAAGGACUCACAUUGCUGGAGAAGCGGGUGAAGAGUCAUCAGACAGUGACGGGGAACAAGAAGAGACGUCGCACAAGUUAAUCCGCAAAGUGUCGACCUCGGGCCAGAUAAGGGCAAAGAAAAGUGUGAAGGAGGGAAUCCUCUUGAAGCAGACCAGCUCUUUUCAGAGAUGGAAGAGGAGAUACUUCAAACUCAGAGGGAGGACACUCUACUACGCCAAAGACUGCAAGUCUCUGAUCUUUGAUGAAGUGGACCUAUCGGACGCCAGCGUGGCCGAGACCAGCACCAAGAACAUCAACAACAGCUUCACGGUGAUCACUCCAUUCCGCAAACUAAUGCUGUGUGCAGAGAGCAGGAAGGAAAUGGAGGACUGGAUCGGCGCUCUCAAGUCCGUCCAAAAAUGGGAAACCUAUGAGGCCAGCCAAUUCAACAUGGAGCAUUUCUCUGGGAUGCACAACUGGUACGCUUGCUCGCACGCCAGACCGACCUUCUGCAACGUCUGCAGGGAGGCUCUGCCAGGCGUCACCUCCCACGGCCUGUCCUGCGAAGUUUGUAAGUUCAAGGCUCAUAAGCGCUGUGCAGUUCGCUCCACCAACAACUGCAAAUGGACCACACUGGCCUCCAUAGGAAAUGACAUUAUUGAGGAUGAGGAAGGGGUGUUCAUGCCCCACCAGUGGCUGGAAGGCAACCUGCCGGUCAGUGCCAAGUGUGUGGUGUGUGACAAGAACUGUGGCAGCGUGCGGCGGCUGCAGGACUGGCGCUGCCUGUGGUGCAAAGCCAUCGUCCACAACAGCUGUAAAGAACAAAUGGGGAAGGAGUGUCCCUUGGGUCAAUAUCGAGUGUCAAUCAUCCCUCCCACUGCACUUAACAGCAUCGACUCAGAUGGCUUCUGGAAGGCCACCUCGGCCUCAUGCUCCAGUCCUCUUCUGGUCCUGGUCAACUCCAAAAGCGGAGACAACCAGGGGGUGAAGUUCCUCCGCAAGUUCAAGCAGCUCCUGAACCCGGCUCAAGUCUUUGACCUGAUGAACGGAGGACCAGAGCUCGGCCUGCGCCUUUUCCAGAAGUUUGUGACGUUUCGUAUCCUGGUGUGUGGAGGAGACGGCAGCGUGGGCUGGGUGCUCUCAGAGCUGGAUAAACUCAACCUCCAUAAACAGUGCCAGCUCGGCGUGCUGCCUCUGGGCACAGGUAACGACCUGGCUCGUGUCCUGGGCUGGGGAGGCCUCUGUGACGACGACGCUCAGCUGCUGCAGAUCCUGGAGAAGCUGGAGAGAGCCACCACCAAGAUGCUGGACCGAUGGAGUGUGAUGACGUACGAGGUGCCCACCACCGCUAAGCGCACACCGACGGCGAAAGAAGACGACGGCCUCGAUUCUCCUCUGCAGGUCCACAUCACUCAGUAUGCAGACUCCGUGGCCUCCCACCUCGCCAAGAUCCUGGACUCUGACAAACACAGUGACGUCAUUUCCUCUGCCAAGUUUCUGUGUGGGACGGUGAACGACUUUGUGGCGGAGGUGGGGAAGGCGUACGAGAGAGCCACGGAGAACAAGGAGGAGGCAGACGCCAUGGCAAAGAAGUGUUCACUGCUGAACGAGAAGCUCGACUCCCUCGUCAAGGCCUUAAGUGAGGAGGCGGAGGCUCAGGUGGUGCCAGCAGGAUCGGUGCCCAGCCAGGAGAGCGGCGACUCGAGCCCCGUGGAAAGUGGCGGCGAGUCGGGUUCAGAGGGUAAAACGUACCGGUCCAAGGAGCAGCUGAUGCUCAGGGCCAACAGCCUGAAGAAAGCCCUCAGGCAGAUCAUCGAACAGGCAGAGAAAGUGGUGGACGAGCAGAACCGACACUCGCAGGUCCAGAGGAUGUCGUCCUCGUCCUCCAUCAAAAGAGAGAACAGCGAGGAGCUGAAGGAUGCUGAGCCACGUCAAGGAAGCUUAAGUCCCACCUCCCCCAUCGUCCUGGAGAAGCCCGAGAGCCUCCACACGGUCACCUUCAGCGAGGACACGGUACAAUGCUCAGAGAAGUGUGUGAUGAACAACUACUUCGGCAUCGGCCUGGACGCCAAGAUUUCCCUCGAGUUCAACAACAAGCGAGAUGAACACCCGAAGAAGUGCAGCAGUCGCACCAAGAACAUGAUGUGGUACGGAGUGCUGGGGACGAAGGAGCUGGUCCAGAAGACUUACAAGAACCUGGAGCAGAGAGUUCUGCUGGAGUGCGACGGCGUGACCAUCUCUCUGCCGAGUCUGCAGGGUUUGGCUGUGCUCAACAUCCCCAGCUACGCCGGCGGAAUCAACUUCUGGGGAGGCACCAAGGAGGAUAAUAACUUCGGCGCUCCGUCGUUCGAUGAUAAGAAGCUGGAGGUGGUGGCGGUGUUUGGCAGCAUGCAGAUGGCCAUGUCCAGAGUCAUCAACCUGCAGCAUCACCGCAUUGCACAGUGCCGCCAGGUGAAGAUCACCAUCCUCGGGGAGGAGGGGGUCCCCGUGCAGGUGGACGGAGAGGCCUGGAUCCAGCCGCCUGGCAUCGUGGAGAUCGUCCACAAGAACCGAGCACAGAUGCUCACCAGAGACAGAGCGUUCGAGAGCACGCUGAAGUCGUGGGAGGACAAGAGGAAGAUUGACAGCUACCGUGACAACAGACCCCGCCUUAACUCCCAGCAGUCCAUGGAGUACCUGACGGAGGAGGAGUGCGCUCAGGUGCAGCAGCUGGGCAUCGUGGCUGACACGCUCAUCAACAAAAUCCGCGAGGCAGCCAAGACGCACAAGCUGGUGGAGCAAGAGUUGGCUCACGCCGUCAACGCCACCGCCCUGGUGCUCACAGAGGCCAAACUGUCCAGCCCCGAGUGUCUCAGUCGCAGCACGGCGGUGGAAAUCGUCAACAGCAGUAAAGUCCUCCAGGCGGAGACCAGGAUGCUGCUGGAUGGAAAGCUGCUGUCGAAGUCUCCAGAGGAAGAGGAGCUUCGGUCGACCCUGAACAGCCUCAGCGCCGAGCUCCACAAGCUCGACGACAUCCACUGGAUCUGUCCGCUCAUGCAGUGCUCCGAGGAGGACUCGGUGAGGGGGGGCAGCAGUAAGAGCAGCAGCAGCAUGAAGCUGAAGAUCAUUCCCAAGGUGAAGAAGGACCGAGAGAAGCUCCACAAGCAGAAGUCCAACAGCUCUCUCUCAGGAAAUUGGGAAAUCAAAGGUGGGGCUGGUGAGGCUGAUCCCUCGGGCAAUUGAAGUCCUGCAUGAGGUGCCUAAUACUGCCCCCCCCUCCCCAUUACCCUGACAACCAGGGGUUAGGAGCAGCCCUCCCGUUCUCCGCGAUACCCAGUGGCCUGGCAGAGGUGCGAGGAAGAAAAGGAAAACCAACUUUUCCGCUGUUUCCUCCUGUUUGUCCUCCAUUUUUGCAGGAAGGAGUUUUGUUUCCUCCAUUUCUUCUUUUGCGUGUGUGAAGAAGCGUCGCGUCGCGUCGCUUCAACCGUUGGCGUUCAGCCUUCGGUUCUGUUUAACCUGCUUGAGUUUGGAAGUCGCCGUGGCCAGCAGCGAAUCAAACGAGAACAACGGAGGCGUGGAACGAAAGCGUUCUCAACGAUUUUAUUUGUUUCUUCUUUUUGACAAAGAAAUGUGUUUACGUGGCGCUCUCCUUGCAUGUCGAGCGCAGCCAUCUUAUUUUCUAUCUAUCAUAAGUUCUUUUCUCUGUAACUUUAACGGUUUUAUUCCUGAACCUACGAACAGCCUUUACACUUUGAUUUCCCCCGAGACUUUCCAAGAGUAUUUAUUUCUUGUUGCUACUGCCAUGAGAACUCAAACGGCAACAAAACGAACAAACUAAAACAUCUCAACCUUACCGUCCGCCGAGCUGGGGAAUAUCUUAAAUGUUGCAAAAAAAAUGUACUGAGGAAUGUACUCGUGUGGACUUUUAUUAACCUGUGCAUAAUGUUAAAUGAUAAAUCGUAUAAGGUUUCACAAAGGUUCUGCUGUUGUGGUUCUAAAGUCCUUCUUGAUAGGCUGUUGUCUGACGUGUGUGAUCCGAGGCUACGCUUUUAUUACGAGUCAUUUCAUCUGGAAUUCAGCUUCAUAAAAAGAUCCGACUGGGAUUUGAAGUACGGUACACCGCUCGUGUGGGAGGUACGGCACCAGAUGAAGUGACUCCGUCAGGCUGAUUCUUUCUUUGUGUCUGCUGAAGGUGUUUACAGAAGGAGGAAGCAUCAAGGACACAUGGACACAACCUUACGGCUCCUCAGUAUAUUACUCCUACUUUGCCAUACUCCUGAUUGUAUCUGUAAAAUAAGAAUAAGUGGAUAUUUGAGUUUGCCUUGUCUGUGGUCAAAAGCUAUUAUUAUUAUUAUUAUUAUUAUUACAAAUAUAUUGUCUAUUUUUUUGUAUAUCUGAUUUUCCAAAUGGUAAUCUGUGAAGCUGCUCUGGCGUUGCUGCUUCCCCCUUUUGACAAACUCCUCGGCCACUGUGCAUAUAAUCAAAGCCAACUAACGCUGUACUGUGUCCCUGCAUGCAUACUUAGCCUUCCGUCGCCUCACAGUCGGUCCGUUGGGCUGAAGUUCCCUCAAAAUAGUGAGUUUUAGCUCGUCUGUUCCGCGAGCAACGUGAAUAUUGUUUGUUGUAACCUGCUUGACGCAGCAGACGGGUUCUACGCAAACUUUACUGUCGAUACUUUACUGUGACGCCCGGACUUCAACAGAAAGUGAUUUACACUCACAGGGUUCAGCAAGCAGCUUAUAACAAACACCAAGUUUACAUUUAUCUCGAGUAUGUGAAAAGAUCUUGGAUUCAUGUGGCGCUAAACUAUCGACGUUAACAAGUUGUAGAGGCGACUUCUUCCCGUGUUUUACAGUCAUGUUCUUGAAAGGAAUGGUCGUACAUUUUUGGGGUGUUGCUUAUUUGCCGCGUUACCACAAGAUAGAUGACGGGAUGUGUAUCUUCUUCAUCUCUGUGCACUCAGUAAAGAGAUCCCAGACAUGCUUAGCUUAGUUUAACUUACGUUAGCUUAGUUUAGCUUACAUUAGCAUAGUUUAGCUUAGUUUAGCUUACAUUAGCAUAGUUUAGCUUAGUUUAGCUUAAGUUAGCUUAGCUUAGCUUACGUUAGCUUAGCUUAGUUUACGUUCGCUUAGUUUAAUUUACAUUAGCUUCGCUUAGCUUAGUUUAAUUUAUGUUAGCUUAGUUUAGCUUACAUUAGCAUAGUUUAGCUUACGUUAGCAUAGUUUAGCUUACGUUAGCUUAGUUUAGCUUAUGUUAGUUUACGUUAGCUUAGCUUAGCUUACAUUAGCUUAGUUUAGCUUAGCAAAAAAACAAAAACUUGAAGCAUUUAGAAACAUUCUACAAUAUUUUGUGCAGAAGGAUUUCUUAGAGUCUUGUUUAAACAAUAUUUACUUCAACAGAAGAUGUUAAUAUACACAUACAGUAGCUGAGACACAUUUGUAACUAUUAGUUUGUAAUUGUUUGUUCUCUGAUAGCAUUCUGCAUACUGAGUGGAUGGAGAUGAAUUCUAACUUUAAAGGUUUUAACGAGCGAGGCAGUAAACCGGUAAAGGAACAUUUCUUUAGGGUUAGUUCUUGGUUUUCUCAGUUAUUUACAUUUUCUCAAACUAACAGAAACUAACUCUUGACGGAGUUACUGUGAGGCGUUGUAGAUGUUCAGCUCUGGUAGGAUUGUGCUCCUGUAUCCAUAGUGUGCCAGCUAUACGCUCUACACCUUAGAGGCUUUAGUGUCGUGCCAAGUUUGUACUGAGUCCAGUGGGUCACGAGACAUACGAGGUGUGUUUGAGAGCGCGUGAGCUUCACAUGCGAAAGUUGUAUGUCGUACAUUUCAAAGUUUACUGUAUCUUGCCUUGCACUUUACGAAGAAGCAAACUUAACGGGGGGAAAAAAGACAUUUGUGUGCAUGUGUGCGGGUGUGUUUAAGAUUCUGAGUGUUUACAAGUGUUUUUGGUUUUUUUUAAACUUAUUUGAUGAAAAAAAUCUUUAAUUUAUGAUAAAUGUAUACAGGACAAAACGUGUGUUGAUGAAAUGUAAUAUAUCUAACCAAACGUUAAAGAAUGAUAAAUGUAUAGAGAUGUUUAUUACGUCGGUGGUUGUACGAUGACUCCCACAGCAGCUUGAGAUCAUGUGAUUAUGUGUCAUUCCACUGCCACAGUAAUGUCAUUGAGAUGUCUUUCCAAUGUUACACCAAUUGGUAUUGAAAUAGUAUUGUAAAAAGUUCACCAAUAGUAAAGUUAUUCUAACUUCAAGCCAAAGUUAUUUGAAUUCUACAGUGAUGUUACAGACUACUGACGAAUCGUUUACACAAAAAAGAAAAAAGAUGUCAUGUUCAGCCAACAUUUGGCUGAACGUUUUGUGUAUCAUCGAUCGAGAGUCUACCGUGUGCUUUAUUUAAGCCAAAUGUGUCCAGUUUGGGGAACACAUAUUUGUGGAAGCCAUUUUUUUUGGGAUACAAAAAAUGAGUUGCCUAUGUUUCAUGGUCUUUUAACCAAGGAUUUCAUAGUCUUUUCUUUUAAAAAGCAUCAUUGUUUUUACUUAUCAUUUUUUAUGAGUGUCAUUUCUUUUCAUACAGCAAAAAAUGUCAUUUCUGACUGAAACCCUUCCGAGGAGUUACACGGAGACGAGAAGCCACAGAUUGCAAACACCCCACCAUGUUUGUGCAACAGUAUUGUUCAGACGACAUUUGUGAACGCACGCCCCGACCUGAACAGCCUAUAUAUUGAUAUAUUGAGACUGUGCGCGCAAUGCUGGAAGCCAGACUCGAUGUUGCACGACCUUGUACGUUGCGAGGUGUUUUAUUGUGUUAUCGUGUGCAGUGUGUAACAAAGACAAAGUCAGCGCAACCCUUUGGAGAUUAAAUGACUUAUUGAAGUGUGA